UCGUUGAAGAUAAUCCGAUCAAGCAGCAAUCGCUCAACAUCCUCACACAUCUUAGUCCCAAUAACAGAACAACCUUCGCAACUUCGCAUCUGCUGAACAAUCUCAAUCACAACAUCAUCAAAAUGUUCUCCAGCACCGUGCUCUCCGUUACUGCCGUUCUCUUGGCCUGCUCGUCCUUUGCGGCUGCAGCUCCUCAGGGCAAGACCUCCGAGGUCAGCUUGACUACCAAGCUGCGACUCGCCGAAACUUUCAUUGAUCGCUACAGUCUUCUUCCUGAGGACAAAGACUUUCUCUUCAGCUUUAACAGCACCCCCAGUGCUAUGGCUAACAGCCAGACAUUCCCUGCUCUUACAGGCUCUGGCGUCAGUCUGGCUUCAGCUCAAAUUCCAGGCUGCUCUAUGAUCAUGCUUCACACUCACCCCCGAGCCUCCGAGCUCUUUGCCGUCAUGUCCGGCCGCGUCUAUACCGAAGCCGUUCCCGAAGGCGGUGUCCUCGACGCCGAAGGAAAGCCUCGCGUCAUCCGCAACGAAAUCAGCGCUGGCCAAGCUACCAUCUUCUACCAGGGAACUAAGCACUACCAGGUCAACCCUGACUGCGAGCCCGCCAAUGCUAUCGCUGCAUUUCCCUCUGAGGAUGGCGGUUUUGCUGGUGUUGCACCUGGGCUGUUCUCUAUCAAGGAUGUCGCUGUAAUUCGUCUUUUGGGAGAGGCUGUUGAUGGUGAGGAUAUUGAGAAGAUCAGGGCUUCUAUUCCUACGGAUGUUGGCAUCAAGGUUGAUGAGUGUCUCGCUAAGUGCGGAUUGGCUGCGCCCCGUCAUACCACCACUGAUGGCAAACCCGGUCUCGAAUAUCCACUCUGUUUUUAUGAGUGUGACACUCUAAAAGCCCUUUUUAAGAUCAACAAUGGCGAAGAAAGACAAUAAAGACCUGCCAAAGACGGCUCAGCAGGAUAAAAAGGCAAGACAAGAGUUAAAUACCGCUUCAUAUAAUGUUUGGACGUUGAUUCUACAAGUGCUUUGCUGUGGCUUGAUAACAGGAGGAGCAAGCUAGAACAGGGAAAGAAUAAUUAUUUACGGAGCAGAGCUUUUCAUUCACAAAAAUAGCGUUGCAAAGGAUCCGGAGGUUAAUUUGAGCUAAGGUCAACAUACUUCAAGACCUGGACUCCCUUCUAAUAAUAUUUUAUAUCCGUUCAAUGACAUUUUUGCAGAUAACUAUUGGCCAGUG